CUUUUCUAGAUAUGCUCUUUGAUGAAGUGAGAGCCAUUUAUGCUGGUCAAGACGGCCAAAGUGUUGUCUCUUAUAAACCUAAUGGAAGGUAAAUAAGUAACCCCCUCCCUUACCAGCCUUUGUCCAUAACAUGAUAUUAGAGAAGUGGUUUUUGCAGGUGUGAAUGAUACGGGCUUCAAAGUAUUCGAGAUACAAAAAGAGGAUCAAGAACAUAUGAGUACAGAUAUUCAAGAUCAAAAUGAACUACAUGUAACAUGUCUUAGUACUUCCACAUCAGGUAGUGUGGCUGUAGGUUCUGUAGAUGGUCAUGUUGUGUUGUAUAGACCAGAUCAUUCACUUGAUAAAAUGUUGGUGAGAAGUGCUGUUCCUGUACGCAGUCUUUCUUUUCAUCCCUCAGGCAAUAAACUUGCCAUUGCUACUGAUGACCAUAUGAUUCGUAUUGUGCUGGCAGCAGACAACUCAAAGAUUGUCAUGUUGGAAGGCCACACAAGUCCCCUUAAAUCUGUACACUACAAUCACAACGGUACACAUCUUAUUUCAUCUGAUAUUGAAGGCGAUAUUCGUAUCUGGGAUGUAUCCAACACGAAACCUGUGCCUGAAUGUAUCAAGACCUUAAAGGCUUAUGGUUACAAUGUACCUCCUGAUGCUAUCUCUCAGUCUACAGUGGCAUGGCACCCUGAUGGCUCUUGUUUUGCUUUCCCUGGAAGAGACCGUGAUGUGCGUGUGUUCAAGACUGGUCUAUGGUCUCCUUUCUUUACAUUGCAAGGUGAACAUACAAGUCAGGUGAUCACAAUAGCAUGGUCUCCCAAUGGAUAUUAUUUAGCCAGUAGUGCAGAAGACAACAGUGUGGUUGUAUGGGACACAAAACAGAAAAGAGCUGUGAGGAGUGAAAUUACAUCCAGUCCUGUCACAAGUCUAGCAUGGAAUCCUAGAGAGAAUGAAUUAACCAUGUCAGAUACGUAUGGUCAACUGCGUGUAUGGAAAGAUGUGAUUCCAACAGACAAUAGUCAGUACCCUCAUCCUGCUCUACUUGCUCAAACCAUCAAAAAAGAACUCACCCAACCUCACAAAUCACAACCCAGGCAAAGCCAGUCAGUCAAGAUGGAAAGUAGUCAGCCCAUAUAUGCAGGCAAUAGUUUAGCGGUGGAUGAUGAAGCAUUGGAUGGUGCUGACGAUAUGAGUCUGGGUGAUCCUCUUGACAUGGACGAUGAAGGUCAAGCAUUAGAAGACGUGUUGGAGGAAGAAGGUGAAGAUUUAGGUGAUUUUGUGAUUGAUGAUGAUGGUGCGGGUUAUGCAGAACAAGAGACAGAACAACGGCCCAAGCCCACCAUUGAACGCUAUGCAGCAGCUGAUUUACAGAAACAACAGUUGAAAUUCAAUUCAGCCUUUGAACCACCUACGCCUUUUCAGCCAGGUGAAACCCCUUACCAUAAACCAGAACCAGGCAAAGGAUUUGAUCCAGCUCCUGGGGAACGUCGUUACAUGGCUUAUAAUUUGACAGGAGCUAUCUCUACUAUUUUUGAAGGCCAUCAUUCUGUAAUCAAUGUUGAAUUCCAUGACCAGACAGAACAUCGUAAUUUUCAUUUUACAGAUAUGCAGAAUUUCAGUUUGGGUGCUCUCAGUGCUUCAGGUACUGUAUUUGCAGUCGAAGGGAAAGAAGCACCCAAGAAAUCUAGACAUGAAAGAGAAGACGAAGACAAUGAUGAUGAUGAAGAAGAAGAAGACGGAAAAGAACAAAAGCUAGGCACAUUAUCUGCUUUGUAUUAUCGACCCAAUACAUGGGGUACAGAUAAAGACUGGACACAACACAUGCUUCCUGGUGAAGACAUUAUGAAUGUAGCCAUCAAUCGUAUCUCUGUGAUUGUCACUACUUCUUUAGGUUAUGUACGUAUUUUUUCCAUCUCGGGUAUUCAGCGUCACUUGUUUUCCCUUGAGAAUGUGGCCUGCAUCAGUGCUAUGACAGACUUGGCUUUGAUUGUCUAUGCUGUCGGCCCCUCAUUCAAACACCAACAUAACCUUCAUUACCUCUUGCUCAACACGGAUAAUUUUGAAGUGAUCCAGAAAGACAAGUUACAAUUAAGCAGUGACAGUCAAUUGAACUGGAUUGGGUUUAGUGAAACAAACCAAGCUGCUACCUAUGAUUCUGCCGGUGUUUUGCGUGUCUUGCAUCGUCAACGUCGUCCUUAUCAAGCCACUUGGGUACCUGUGUUUGACAGUAAAGCGUAUGCAGGUGAGCGUACAGAAAAGUAUUGGCCAGUGGGUGUGUUACGUGAUCGAUUUGUAUGUGUUGUCUUGCGUGGUCAAAACAUGUAUCCCUUUUUCCCUCGUCCUCCUGUCAAAGAUCUGCCAUUACAGUUACCUUUAUUGGAUACUCACAUGGAAGUGGGUGCUUUAGAAGAGAAAGUGAUGCGUACACACAUAGGCACACUUCAUGAACGCGAUGAAGCCGAAGCAACCAAUGCCAUACAUGAAUUUGGAGAUACUUUCCUUGAAGCAGACAUGGAGAUGGAUGUAGCCUUACUCAAAUUGAUCAACUUGGCUUGUAAAUCAGAAAAAGUGAGCAAGGCACUUGAUUUAGCGGAUCUAUUGCAUACGGGUGAUUCUGUAGAUAAAGCGAUCCGUAUUGCUUCUCAUCAUCGUCUUACACAUCUAGCAGAGAAAAUGACGAGCUUAAAAGAGGUAAAACUCCAUAGGACCUUAUGAGCGAGUUAUUAAUUUCUUAGUCUAAAUUUAUGCAUGAUCACAAAGAACCCAGUUUGGCAGAUGCCUUCAAAUCCAUUCCGGAUAUUCAUACUUCCAGUCAAACUGCCCUUCACAAUGAUCUUGCUGGACUUAAACCAUUUGAUACAAGCUAUAAAAGAAGCAAUACGUUUGACAUGGAAGAAGAUUCUUUUAUGGAUACACAAGCCUCUAAAAGAGCAAAAGGGUUUGCGUUCAGUACUCGAUAAAAUAAAGCGUGGAAAGCACGAAUGUAUCACUAGAAAUAUAAUGUUCUCCUUAAAAAUAACACCCCUCCCCCCUUAAAUAAACAAGUUGUAAUUUCUU